AUGGGCGUGCGCAACUGCCUCGACGGCAAUAAUAUGUCAGGACAACGCAAUAUCCCCCUUGAACUCGGCGAACAGCCCGAGCAACCACCUUUGGAGGCCCCAGGGGCAGCUGCCUCCGGUGCUGGGCCUGGCGCAGCCGAAGAGAUGGAGACCCCACCGCCUCACAGCGAGCCCGUCCCCGUCGAGAUUGAAGGUGAAGCCUGUGGACCCCCAGAAGUCUCCAGGCCCAAGUUCCAGGGCCUCAGCCAGGCCAUCAAGGAAGCCAGAGCCCAUGGAGGCUACAGCCCACCUCCUGAAGAAGCCAUGCCCUUCGAGGUCGAGCAGUCCAGCUUGGGAGGCUUCUGGCCUACCCUGGAGCACCCUGGAGACACCACUGGGGCCCAUGCAGGCCUUGAAGCCUUCAGCCCACCGAUCGUGGAGCCCAGAGCCUUCGGUGAGGCCAGGCCAAGCCUGGGAAGCUACAGCCCUCCUCCCGAAGAAGCUAUGCCCUUUGAGUUUGAGCAGCCUGCCCAGGGAGGCUGCAGCCAACCUCUCUUGCAGGUCUCAGACAUCGCUCCAGGAGGCCCAGGUGCGGGGGUCUUUAGGGCUCCUCCCGAGGAGCCCCGAGCCCUCAGACCUGCAAACGCAGGCUUCAGAGGAGGAUGCAGCCCUCCGCCUGAGGAGGAUGUGCCAUUUGAGUUUGAUGGAGCAGCCUUUGGGGACGACAGCCCACCCCCUGGGCUCCCCCGAGCUAUCCCACAAAUCGACGGCCUUGGCGGCAACCAGAUCGCGGCAGUCGCGGCCCCGAGUGCGGUCCUCCUCGCUCCCGCCGCGAACGAGCCCCCCCUCUGGGUCCCAGGCAUCAUCGGCAGCCCAUCUCGAGAGGCUGUCAGACCUCCUCCACACUUCGCAGGCAACAGCCCCCCGAUGGAGAUCUCCGGACCCCCGCGCGAGAUUGGCAGCGCCCCCGUUGGGGUCGACGACGCUCCCGUCAACGUGGACAGCCCCCCAGUCGCGCUUGACGGCCCGCCCAUCGAGGUCUCCCGAGCCCCAGUUAAGAGAGAGCAAGCAGAGGGAGAGAGACCCCCAGUUGAGGGAGAAGCAGCCGAGAUGGAAGGAGGCUCAGCCGACGCUGCCGCGGAGAGAGGCAAAGUCCCCGAUGCCGGAGACGGAGCCCCUGCCGCCGGAGCAGCCCCUGACACGCCAGCCCCUGCCGCCCGGGCAGCUCCUGUCGCCCGGGCCGCCCCUGUCGCCCGGGCCGCCCCUGUCGCCCGGGCCACCCCUGUCGCCCGGGCCGCUCCCGCCGCCUGGGCAACCCCAGCCUCUGGAGCCCGACCCAAGAUCAGUUUCCUUAGACCCCCCAGCCCCGAGAUCCAGGCUGCCGAUCCGCCUACUCCGCAGCCUCCUCGCGCAUAUGCCUGGCGGGGCAGGUCUGAGCGCAGCUGCUACCGCGGCGACGACGACGACGACGAAAUAUCGGUCAGCAGCGACAGCGGAGACGAAUCCGACGAUGGGACCUUCGGAUGCCACCGCUGGUUUCAGUCCAGGCGAAACCGCCGCCGCCGAAAGACCCGGCGCAACUUGCUCCGCAACUUCCUCGUUCAGGCCUUCAGAGGCUGCUUCUGCCGAUCCGAGAGCCCCCAGUCCAGAGGCUCCCUCAGCCCCAAGGUCAAGAAGGUUGCCCUGGCAGAGAAGGGCAGACAGACCCGCAAGGAAAGCAUGGAGAAGCGCGUCCAGAAGCGCGCAGAGAAGAAACGCAGCAAGCUCAUCGACAAGCAGCUCCAGGACGAGAAGAUGGGCUACAUGUGUACGCACCGCCUGCUGCUUCUAGGGAGAAAAGUGGUGCCGUACAACACUGAGGGUCGUUUCCAGCUGGACAAACCAGCGCCAGCGACCGUAAGACGUCGCCGAGUCGUGGGGUGGGGGACGGCAAGAAAGGCGGGGGCUUCAGGUGCUGGAGAAUCUGGUAAAAGCACCAUCGUGAAGCAAAUGAGGAUCCUGCAUGUUAAUGGGUUUAAUGGAGAGGGCGGCGAAGAGGACCCGCAGGCCGCAAGGAGCAACAGCGAUGGUGAGAAGGCAACCAAAGUGCAGGACAUCAAAAACAACCUGAAAGAGGCCAUUGAAACCAUCGUGGCCGCCAUGAGCAACCUGGUGCCCCCUGUGGAGCUGGCCAACCCCGAGAACCAGUUCAGAGUGGACUACAUUCUGAGCGUGAUGAACGUGCCAGACUUUGACUUCCCUCCUGAAUUCUACGAGCACGCCAAGGCUCUGUGGGAGGACGAGGGGGUGCGUGCCUGCUACGAGCGCUCCAACGAGUACCAGCUCAUCGACUGCGCCCAGUACUUCCUGGACAAGAUUGACGUCAUCAAGCAGGCUGACUAUGUGCCCAGCGACCAGGACCUGCUGCGCUGCCGCGUCCUAACUUCUGGAAUCUUUGAGACCAAGUUCCAGGUGGAUAAAGUCAACUUCCACAUGUUCGACGUGGGCGGCCAGCGUGAUGAACGCCGCAAAUGGAUCCAGUGCUUCAAUGAUGUGACUGCCAUCAUCUUCGUGGUUGCCAGCAGCAGCUACAACAUGGUCAUCCGGGAGGACAACCAGACCAACCGUCUGCAGGAGGCGCUGAACCUCUUCAAGAGCAUCUGGAACAAUAGAUGGCUGCGCACCAUCUCUGUGAUUCUGUUCCUCAACAAGCAAGAUCUGCUCGCUGAGAAAGUCCUUGCUGGAAAAUCAAAGAUUGAGGACUACUUUCCAGAAUUUGCUCGCUACACUACUCCUGAGGAUGCGACUCCCGAGCCCGGAGAGGACCCACGCGUGACCCGGGCCAAAUACUUCAUUCGAGAUGAAUUUCUGAGAAUCAGCACUGCUAGUGGAGACGGGCGCCACUAUUGCUACCCUCACUUCACCUGCGCUGUGGACACAGAGAACAUUCGCCGUGUGUUCAACGACUGCCGUGACAUCAUCCAGCGCAUGCACCUCCGUCAGUAUGAGCUGCUCUAAGAAGGGAACUUCCAAAUUUAAUUAAGGCCUUAAGCACAAUUAAUUAAAAGUGAAACGUAAUUGUACACGCAGUUGAUCACCCACCAUAGGGCAUGAUUAACAAAGCAACCUUUCCUUUCCCUCAAGUGAUUUUGCGAAACCCCCUUUACCCUUCAGCUUGCUUAAGUAUUCCAAAUUUAGAAAGCUUAAGGCGGCCUACAGAAAACGAUAAAGGAAAAAAAAGGCCACAAACGUUCCCUCUCUCUUUAAGUAAGUAAAAUAACAGCAGCAAACAGAAAUAAAGAAAUAAAAGAAUAAAUGACAUAAAUGAAACAAAUGAAAUAAGUAUUGUGUUGUGCAGCAUUAAAAAAAUCAAAAUAAAAAUUAAAUGUGAGCAAAGGAUG